UACGGAUUUAAGCGCCUUUUUACGGAACCUGCCACGCCUGAAAAGGUUACAAGCUUUCCUUUUCCUGAUACUAGGCAGGGGCUGCAGGGGCAGCCUAAAGUUGGACAUAAGGUCUCGACUCAAGUAGAUUCACCCGUACACCCGUACUCCUCCCACAUGCAACUGGAAAAUGUCAUUGUCGCCCCUGCAUCUCCCCUUCCCAACUUGUUCGGAUUGCUCUGGCAUUGUCCUGUCCCAGCGUUAUUUCGCGUUCGGCUACUUUCCUAGCUAGGACGAUCAGCCUUGCCUCCGUUAGGAAUGAGGGCACUUCGAAAAAGACUCUCGGACCAUAAUGUUCUUCCAAGACCAACACUUAGCACCAGCGUGAAGACUUUAAUUCAUCCGCGACUACCUGAAUGCUGCUAUUAAUGGUACUGAAGACUCCAACCCGGAGCCACAACGGUAAGUCUUGACACUGGGUGCUGGCUGUAGGCCUUCUUCACUUGAGGGGCAAUACCGGUGUGAGGACGUAGGUUUUGUACUGAGUCUUCGGGAUGAUCGUACAGCACCUGAGGUCGCGUGAACUGUCCAGGUCAAAAUAAAGAAAGAGAGCAAUCAUCUUCUCACCACUCGCCACAAGCCUCGAAUGCGAUCUCAUUAACCACAAUUUCAUGCACAGGGACCCCAAAACGGUGAAAAACUCAAAAGAGCACAGUGGCAACAUCGUUCUUACCCACCCUACAGAUUCGAUUGAUUCAGUCCAAUAGUCAACACGGAGACAAUGAGCGGUUUGCUUACCAAUCACUUGAAUGGCGGGAAAUGGAGUCAGGAGGAGGAAGCCUAUGCGGAGGCGCUGAUCCUAGCCUUCAAAGCGGGAGAGAUUCCUGUUGGGGACAUUGAAGAAGGAACAAGUCUAAGGAAGUUUCUUGCCGAGAAGCUCUUGUGCUCUCCCAAGCGAGUGUCAAAGAAGUAUGAAGGAACCAACUACAAUGGCAAGCAAGUUUACAUCAAGAAGACUGGGGUAUCACCAACCUCACCAACUGCCAUUGCGACGAAGGCCAGGCUGGAAGUACUGGAACGCAAGUUUCGAGAUGCCUUAGCUACGAUGCAAAAGACGGGUUCCAUUGCAAACAAGAUGGCUCAGGCUGACCCACUCCUGGAUUCCUACUCUGGUGGCAGCGGCUUCGCUGGCGUGAGAGGCUUGACGGCUUCAACGUUGCCUCCUGUAUCUUCUGCUUCGCUACUCUUUCCUCAGGUUCGGUCAACCUUUCUUGGAGGCACCAGCAGCCUGGAAUUGGCUGCCAUGCAGAGGUUCCGCUUGGACAACGCCUUUCUGCUGGGAUCAUCGUUCCCAAAUAAUCUCACGACCCUUCCCGCCGUCCGACCCCCUGCUGCUGCAUUUUCAAGCUAUGCGAGUGCCAGUGGUGGCUUGCUGGAUGCUACUAGGUUACAAACCUUGGCAGCCCUUCGCAACGCAUCGCUGGGGUCUCUACAAAUUGGAGGAUUUGGUGCUGCAACCACACCAGACACGUUCUUGAUGGAUACGAUUCUAGUCAACGCUGGUCGACUCAAACGAAGCCUUGGUGACGAGAGCACGACCGCUCCUACUGCUACUACUACUACUAGGGAGGUGAAGCGACCCAGGCACGACCCUUAGGUUUCCGUCGUCGUUGGUCUUAUCUUUGAUGACCUCGGGUUGCUGAGACCACCGCGAACUCCAUCCUGCCUUCCUCUGCUGCACUAGUACCUCUUGGAAUGGUUUGCUUUACAAAACUAAUUUACACAAAACUGCGUAACCUAAAAACCUCCUUCCUUUUACAUAC